ACACCACAUAUCGAUAACAAAGCACAAGAGACAGUAAAAUAAUUAACAAUUUCUACGAAUCAACAAGAUAUAAAACUGCAGUGACCAGUCAAAAUCAGUUGGAGAAAACGAUAGCGCCCCACAUAGGAAUCCGAAUCAAGCAGCACUUACCGAAAGACAACCAAUUGCCCUCCAUCGGAAUUUCACCACAACAACACAAUGUUGCUGCGUCUAGCACUUUCUGCCGCCCGUCCAGCCGGGGGUAUCAAGAUCCUGGCCCAGUCUCCGGCCCAGCUGUUCCGGGCCAAUGCCAAUCCCAAUCUCAAUCUCUCCACGGUGCGCACUUACGCCCGCAGGGUGGUUCGCACCCGUGAGCCCGUCGAAGAGAUGCGUGCUCCCUCGCUGAAGGAGAAACUGAUGGGUCCGCCGAGUGCCAAUGCCUACUCCAUGGGAAAGGGCGCUGCAGCCGGAGCAGCCGCCGUUGGAUUGGGCGCCCUGUGCUACUACGGCGUGGGACUGGGAAAACAAACCAGCAUCGCGGAUAACGCCAUCAUGUGGCCCCAGUUUGUGCGUGAUCGUAUCCAGAGCACCUAUGCCUUUUUCGGUGGCUCUUGCGUUCUCACCGCGGCCGCAGCAGCAGCCACCUUCCGUUCGCACCGUCUCCUGGAGCUGGCCUCGCGUGGCGGCAUCUUGGCGACCAUUGCUUCGCUGGCGCUGGUUAUCGGUAGCGGAGCAGUUGCCCGCUCCAUUGAGUACCAGCCGGGUCUGGGAGCCAAGCAUCUGGCCUGGGCGGUGCACUGCGCCAUUCUGGGCGCCGUGAUCGCACCCAUUUGCUUCAUGGGCGGACCGAUUCUGACGCGUGCCGCUCUCUACACGGGCGGCGUUGUUGGUGGCUUGUCCACGAUCGCCGCGUGUGCCCCCAGCGAUAAGUUCCUCUACAUGGGAGGUCCACUGGCCAUUGGCUUGGGCGUGGUGUUCGCCUCCUCCCUGGCAUCCAUGUGGCUGCCGCCCACCACGGCGCUGGGCGCAGGUCUGGCCUCCAUGUCCCUGUAUGGCGGCCUCGUCCUCUUCAGUGGCUUCCUGCUCUAUGACACCCAGCGCAUGGUGCGUCGCGCUGAGGUCUAUCCCCAGUACAGCUACACUCCCUACGAUCCAAUCAACGCCUCAAUGUCGAUCUACAUGGACGUGCUGAACAUUUUCAUCCGCAUCGUCACCAUUUUGAGUGGUGGUCAGCGCAGGAAGUGAGCACUGGAGACGAAAAUGUGAUGCGAGGAGGAUACCCUCUGAAAUAUAUUUAUACUGUUACUAAAAUAAACCGGUCGAGUUAGGAAGCAAAAUGCA